AUGGCGCUGGAAGAGGAGUCGCCUGGCUCCCGUGACCUCGGCCCUUCAACGCUCCGGCCCGUCUCCGGUUCGUCUGCCUCGCCUUCUUCAUCGUCUCCAUUCUCUUACAAGGAUCUCGAUUUGAGACUCCCAGUCCCCAGCUCUCAUAUUCAUUUACUUGAACCACACCGAAAUGCCUUCCUUGCCUCCUAUUCCGCCCGGGAGGGGACCCAUAGCCCUCUCGAACUGGCGUUGAGCUUCUUGGACUUCCUAGUCACUCAGCAAACCGUUUCGCCAGAGGUCCUGUCUACGGUUCGACGAGCAUUCGAAUCGGAAUUCCUCCGCGAUGAGACUGAAAUACACUCCUUGAUAGCAGACCUCACACCCAUAUCCGAAGAAAGGCAGCAAUGGCUGGGGAUCUAUUACCGAUUCGUGGAAGCAAACGACAACAAUGCCGCGAGGAGCCCAUUGAGCGCCCUUCUGCGACAUGCAAAAACCAAUGAGUUCCAGCUAAUGGCCGUGUUUGGAGGCCAGGGAGAGUCAAGUCGAACCUGCGUCCGAGAAUUUCAAGAACUGUACGCUUCGUAUAAACCGAUGCUGCGACGAUUCAUUGGAGUGGUUGGCCCCUGUCUUUACGACCUCUCCACUCGUGACGAGUUCAGGUCAUACUACAAAAAUCAGCCUCUAGACCUAGAGGCCUGGAUUGCUGAUAGCACAAAUGUUCCCGAAAUUGGUUUUGUUGCAUCCGCUCCCGUCAGUGUUCCGCUCAUCGGUACACUCAGCCUUGCUCGAUAUUGUGUUACCUGUUACAUUGCGGGAUGUAAUCCGGGGGAGAUGAGAUCUAUGUUCCGAGCUACCACUGGCCAUUCACAGGGACUGCUACCAGCUAUUGUCAUUGCCUCUUCGGACUCAUGGGAUACGUUCUAUCAACUUGUGGAAACAGUUACAGAACUUCUAUUUUGUCUUGGAUGGGAGUGCCACCAAGCUGCGCCUUGCAGCAUGGUUCCUGCAGCAAACUACAUCGGCGUCGGUGAAGCCAACACGCCGUCGUACAUGAUGAGCAUACGCGGUCUCGAGAGAGAGGAAGUUGAGGCUAUCCUGGAACACGUCAACGCUAGCCUACUGGAGGGCAAGCAGUUGUACCUAGCCCUGGUCAACGCGUACGAUCAAUUCGUGAUAGCUGGCCCGGUCGCGCCUUUGCUUCGACUGGAUAACUAUAUAGCCGAGAUCGCUAGUAAAGACACCGAUCAGACUCAAACACCAUUCCGGGAGCGGAAGCCAUGUGCCCAGCACAGCUUUCUUCCUGUCAGCACCCCGUUUCAUACACCGUAUCUCACCCAAGCUGCGGCUCAUUUGAAGGAACGGUUUUUUGACUGCCCCAUCCAUACAAGCCAACUGGCGAUUCCUGUCUAUCAUACUGGUACGGGCCUAGACUUACGACAACAGGGGGGGAGUGCACUACGUAUUGCUAUAGAUGCCAUCGCCACUGAGCGGUGCAAUUGGAAAACUGCAGUGGCAAGCUACCCGGCAUCUCACAUUCUUAUCUUUGAUCGAGGCGGCCUCGCGCCUUUGAUUAAACAUGUGCGGGAAGGAUGCGGCGUCCGGGUUCUCCAAGCUUGUGACCUCGACCCGAGGGAUUCAGAAAUGGCAACCAUGCGAGACCUGUUCGCGCCGAAGCUUUUGAAGACUUCGACAAGGCUGCGGAGCUGGGAGAAAGAAUUCCAACCUCGUCUAUUGUCUGGGACCAAGACUCAACUGGAGACACGGCUGAACCGAGUACUAGGAGCACCACCAAUCAUAGUCGCUGGAAUGACUCCUACAACUGCGCAUCCCGAUUUCGUGGCGGCUAUCAUCAACGCUGGCUAUCAUGCAGAGCUUGCUGGUGGAGGAUAUCACAGUCCAGCUGCUAUGGAAACUGCUAUUUAUGAUCUUGCUCGCAGCAUAUCCGAAGGACGAGGGAUUACUUGUAACCUGAUAUACGCCAACCCUCGGUCACUGUCGUGGCAAGUCGAUCUUAUUCGGCGCUUGUCGCAGAGUAAAGUUUCUAUAGAAGGGUUGACAAUAGGUGCUGGCGUUCCUUCGCUUGACGUUGCAAGCAAUUACAUUGAGACCCUAGGACUGCGUCAUAUCAGCUUCAAACCAGGGUCAGUGCCCGCAAUACGGCAGGUUAUUGAGAUUGCACAAAAGUAUCCAACGUUUCCGGUUAUACUACAAUGGACAGGAGGGCGAGGUGGCGGUCAUCACUCGUCUGAGGAUUUCCAUGCUCCGAUCCUCGCUACUUACGGGACAAUCCGACAGCACUCCAACAUAUACCUCGUUGCCGGUAGCGGCUUCGGUGACAGUGAUAGUGUAUAUCCUUAUCUAAGCGGCUCUUGGUCUACCGCAAUGGGGCGCCCAGCGAUGCCGUUUGAUGGUAUACUACUGGGCAGUCGUAUGAUGGUAGCAAAGGAGGCUCACACUUCGCCUGCGGCUAGAAGAAUCAUCGUUGCCACCCCGGGUGUUUCUGAUAGCGAGUGGGAAAGGACGUAUGAUGGGCCAGCAGGCGGAGUCAUCACCGUCACGUCCGAGAUGGGAGAGCCCAUCCAUAAGAUUGCCACCCGAGGGGUCUGUCUUUGGGCUGAGAUGGACAAAACUAUGUUUAGUCUUUCUCGCAGCGACAGGUUAACAUAUUUGGCCAAACACCGGCUUUCAAUCAUACGAAGACUGAAUGCAGAUUUCGCAAAGCCAUGGUUUGGAUGCAACUCCAAUGGCGACGCUGUUGAUCUAGAAGAAAUGACGUAUUUUGACGUAUUGAAGCGAACAGUGUCGUUGAUGUACGUUCUCGGAGAGCGUUGGAUCGACUCGUCGUACACUGAUUUUACGAUGACCAUGGCCCAGCGGUGGCUGUCAAGGUUGCCAUUCAUUGCAGAAUCAGCAGCGGAUCUGACUCCAAGUCUACUCCAAGAAGCCCCGGAUCAGUUCCUUGCGGCAUUUGCCAACGCCUGCCCGACUGCCAAAGAAGAUCUUUUGAACCCUGAAGACAUCUCGUUCUUCCUGAUGCAAUGUAAGCUGCCAGGGCGAAAGCCAGUGAAUUUCAUCCCGGCACUUGACGAUGACUUCGAGUUCUAUUUCAAAAAGGAUUCUUUGUGGCAAGCCGAAGAUGUUGACGCAGUGGUAAGCCGAGACCCGGAGAGGGUAUGCAUAUUGCAUGGCCCCGUGGCAGCGCGCUAUUCAAACGUUGAAAGCGAACCUGUGGGGUACAUCCUGGAUUGCAUAAGUGCUGGAGUUGCUGUCCGCUUACGCGAAGGCCUUACGCCGGAAGCGCUCCUCUCCAAACCGGAAAGUGAUUUCAUCACGCCGGCCUCGUGGUCAACAUUAUCAUCGGAUGAAAGGGACUCUACCGAGGGAACGUCGCGUACCUCGAUCACUUCGUUGUCGGACAUCGUAGAUGACCUCUCACUCUCGUCAGGCGGCGUUGAUAUUUCACCGAGACUAACCCUUCCACCUUGGGUGCGCGCCCUACUCGAGGAUGAUUUUGUUUUGCAGGGUAACAAGCGUCAAGUCAACCCUUUCUGCUGGCUUACAGAUGCUACGUCUGUCACCGUGCUGAGCUACAAUCCAGCUACGUCGGAGUUGGUAAUCAUAGUGCAGGAUCCGUGCCGCACCUCAUCCACAAUGAGGGCUAUUUGCUAUGAUGGAAUUGUCAUCCGAAUUGCAAUAGAGCCGCCAAAGGGGUCGGAACCGUUGAAGCUGUUCUACACAUUUAAUCGAACGAAUCCGACCAGGUUACGAGAGGCUAUGGAAGAGCGCAAUGAUUGUAUCAGGUCAUUCUACCGCCGGUUAUGGUUUGAAGGUGUUUUUGGUGCCAAUCACCUAGUCGAAGAUACGUUCCACGGUCCAGAAAUAACCCUAACAAAGAAUUUUCUGGACGAACACCUAGCAAUUACAGGCUCGGUCUUUAGUGACGACCGGCAAAUGAUGUCAAAUACAGAUGUGCUUCCGAUCAACGCAGGGGUUAUCAUUGCCUGGGAUGUUAUAUCUCGACCGUUAACUUUACGUCAAAUUGGAGGUGAUCUUCUCCGGUUAGUUCACCAUUCAAACACAUUCGAGUAUUCUUCCGAUGCACGUCUGCGGCUGGGGGAUAUUGUGAGCAGCAAAUCUCAGGUUCAAGCUGUGUAUGAAGAUGACGCGGGUGUUGUCGUAGUCGUUGAAGCACAGAUCUUUCGCUCUGGGGUGUCGGUCAUGACCAUUGUUUCGACAUUUCUUUUCCGUGGUGCUGACGACUUGCCUAUCACUUCUUUUCGGAGAGUGAAAGAGCAGAGGUGGGCAUAUGAUGUCGCAAAUGAGCUUGAUGAGGCCAUACUCGUGAAUCGAGGGUGGUUCCAGCGGCGCAAUUCUUCGAUACCACUUGUAGGGAAAUGUCUAACCUUUACUUUUGAAACACUGACCAAAUAUCAUGAUGGCCUUUCGGAGCUGCAUGUUAGCGGAAACGUCAUGUCCGAAACAAAUGGCCAACGGCACGAUUGUGGUGUUGUUGAGUUCGAGGGCACCUGCACUGGAAACCCUGUGCUGGAUUUUCUAGAUCGCAGGGGCAAACUGGCAGAGACUCGAACCGUAUUCGACAGUCCAGGCUGGACCGGAAAAUCAACGAUGAAAGUUCAAAUGCCUCCAAACAACGAGCCUUACGCCAAGCUAUCAAGGGACUUCAACCCAAUCCAUACGUCACCGAUAUUUGCAAGUUUAGCCGGACUGCCGGGAACGCUGUGCCAUGGAAUGUUGACUUCAGCCAUCGCUGAGAGAGUACUGGAGCAUUUAGGGCUUGAAGGCGACCGCGAUAGACUUCAUCGGUUUGAUGUCAGGUUUGUCGACAUGGUGAUGCCCAGCGAGAAACUGAUCGUGAAGAUCGAGCACACCGGCAUGAUUGAGGGCCGGAUGUGUUUCGGUAUUCUGGUCAACCGGAAAGAAUCCAACGAACGUGUGCUCGAGGCCGAUGCUGAGGUAGAGCAGCCGAGGACGGCAUAUCUGUUCACAGGACAAGGUAGCCAGAGCAAAGGUAUGGGCAUGGAUUUGUAUGAGUCAAGUCCAGUUGCACGGGCUGUAUGGGACGACAUUGACCAGCGGCUCUAUGAUGCUUACGGUAUGACCCAAUCUGCCCCGUGGACGCUCGCUGACGAUGAAGGAUGGUCUGUUUUGGACAUUGUGCGAAACAAUCCAAAGUCUCUCACCAUCCAUUUCGGAGGUCGAAAGGGUCGCAGUAUCCGCCAGAAAUAUCUCGACAUCACCACAGAAGUCGUGCUUUCGGAUGGACAACGAGUCCAAAAGUCAGUGCUAGCUGGCCUCACGUCAACCUCAACAUCAUACACAUUUAGACAUCCAAGGGGCCUUCUGUACUCGACGCAGUUUGCCCAACCAGCGAUCCUGUUAUUCGAGGCGGCCGCGUUCGCCGAACUGCGCGUCAAAGGCUACGUGUCACAGGGGGCCAUGUAUGCAGGGCACUCCCUCGGAGAAUUUGGAGCCUUAUCUGCCUUGUCUCGGACCAUUCCUACAGGAGCUCUCGUGGAGCUGGCGUUCUACCGAGGGUCGGUUAUGCAGGCGUCCGUGGCGCGCGACGAUCAGGGCUCGACCACCUAUGGCAUGGUUGCGGUGAACCCGAAGCGGGCUGGAAAGUUCUUUACCCAAUCUACGCUGGGUUGCCUCGUUAGUCAGAUUGCGACGCAAAGUCAAGAACUGCUCGAGAUUGUGAAUUUCAAUAUCGAGGGGGAGCAGUACGUUUGUUCUGGAACAUCUACGAAUUUGUACGUUCUGGGUAAGUUGAUCGACCAUAUAUCAGAGGCCGACGGAGACCGCCUAGUCCAAGAUCUGAACGAACUACAACCUGUUAUCAAUUCACUUCUUGCUGGAGCGAAGGCGCUUCCAAGUCCGAUUCAGCUCCAGCGCGGAAAGGCCACUGUUCCACUAGAAGGCAUUGACGUGCCAUUUCAUUCCAGUCACCUGCGCAGUACCGUUGAUCGAUUCCGGCAGUGCCUUUUGCGGCCGGGGUUCUUGGUCGACAAUAUCGACGUGGAGCAGCUGGUGGGCAAGUACAUUCCGAAUGUGAUGGCGAGGCCAUUUUCGCUGGACAGGGAGUAUUUCCAGGAGGCGUUUGAGCUUACGCAGAGUCCGGUUCUGGGGGAGAUCUUGUCUAAUUGGUGA